AUGUCUGGCCUCUGCAGAACGGUGCAAGUAAAGGCUAUCACGAUGUCUUGGCCCACGGUUAAUGCGCUUGGCCGUAUGAUACAAUUCUUGGCCGAUUGUUGCAAUCAAGUGCGGGAUGUCUAUCAGAGCUGUUAUCGAGAACAUAUAAAAUGGAAGGCAGAUAGUUCCGACGAGUUCCAAGGAACGCGGAACCAUAUCUUUGAUGAUUCGGAUGCCGCCGAAUAUUGGGCCAAUGUGUAUGAGAAAGCUCAAUAUGAGGGUCGUCAUCGCUUUGAUCCUUCCUUCACUUGGACUCCUGAGGAGGAGAAGAAAUUAGUCCGAAAGGUGGAUCUGCGGAUUAUGUUCUGGGCGUGGUUAAUGUUCUGCUCGCUGGAUCUGAACCGGAGAAAUAUCAACAGAGCAAUCACAGAUGACAUGCUCCCUGAAUUAGGCAUGAACACGAACGACUUCAACUACGGACAAACUAUCUUCCUAGUAACAUUUCUCGCAGCAGAGCUCCCAAGCGGCCUGAUCAGUAAGAAGGUUGGGCCAGAUAGAUGGAUUCCAUUCAUCAUUGUAUGCUGGUCAUCCAUCAGUGCUGCACAGGUCGCCCUUUCAAACAGGGCAGGCUACUUUGCCUGUCGAGCCCUUCUCGGGCUUCUGAUGGGUGGUUUCAUACCUGAUAUAGUGCUCUGGCUAUCUUACUUUUAUAAAGGACGAGAGCUGCCAAUCCGUCUCAGCUGGUUUUGGACAGCGAUCAGUACUUGCAAUAUUGUUGGCUCCCUCCUUGCCGCGGGCAUCUUGCAGAUGCGUGGACUCCGAGGAUGGAGUGGAUGGCAAUGGCUCUUCCUCAUCGAAGGUCUAGUCACGGCUAUUAUUGGAGUCUUAUCCUGGGGCCUUAUGCCCCCAGGCCCCUGUCAAACAAAGAGCUGGUUUCGAGGCAAAGACGGCUGGUUUAGUGAGCGUGAAGAACUCAUCCUCGUCAACCGGCUUCUGCGCGACGACCCGUCCAAAGGCGACAUGAACAACAGACAAGCCGUUGGCCCAGUCGCACUCAUUAAAUGCCUCAAAGACUUCGACCUCUGGCCCCUAUACCUCCUCGGCCUCCUCAUCUAUAUCCCACCGCAACCUCACGCAAACUAUCUGUCGUACAUCCUCCGUCGACUAGGAUUCUCCACCUUCCACGCUAACCUCCUCGCCAUCCCCUCCCAGUUCAUGUUCGCUGUAAACCUCCUCAUCAUCACCCGCAUCUCAGACAAACUCAACGAGCGCUCCAUCGUCGCCUCCACCUCCAACAUCUGGAUACUUCCCUGCUUGAUCGCCCUCGUCGCCCUCCCCGAAUCAGCCAGUACCUGGACUCGCUACGCAAUCAGCACAGUCCUUCUCAGUUACCCAUACUGUCAUGCGAUUCUCGUCGGCUGGAAUGCCCGUAUCAGCAAUACCGUCCGCACACGCGCCGUCGGCGCCGCGCUGUACAAUAUGUGCGUGCAGGCGGGCAAUAUCAUCGGGAGUAAUAUCUUCCGGGAAGAUGAUAGUCCGCUGUAUCGACGGGGGAAUAAGAUACUUCUAGCUAUUUGCUCGUUCAAUGUCGUCUUGUUUUAUGCGGUCAAGGCAUAUUACGUUUGGAGGAAUAAGACGAGGGAGAGGAAGUGGGAGUCCAUGUCGGAGGAGGAAAGAAGUGACUAUUUACUUACGACGACGGACGAGGGGGUUAAGAGGUUGGAUUUUCGGUUUGUUCAUUAA